UCUGGGCUUUCGGAUGUCCGGAUUCUAUUGGGCGUUGCGCUACGACUGAGCUGGUUGCCAAGGCGACGCCAGGGAAGAUGGCUGCGACAUCUUCAUCGGAUUCUGACAGCGGGCGAGCUGAGAGCCACGAAGCCAAUUCGAAAUGGCUGGACGCACACUACGACCCCAUGGCCAACAUCCACACUUUCUCCUCCUGCCUAGCUCUGGCAGAUUUGCAUGGCGACGGGGAGUACAAGCUGGUCGUAGGAGACCUUGGCCCCAGUGGGCAGCAGCCCCGCCUGAAGGUGCUCAAAGGACCCACAGUACUGACAGAAAGCCCACUGCCUGCCCUGCCAGCCUCCGCUGCCACCUUCCUCAUGGAGCAGCAUGAGCCCAGGACCCCUGCCCUAGCCCUCGCCUCAGGGCCUUGUGUCUAUGUGUAUAAGAAUCUUCGACCCUACUUUAAAUUCAGCCUGCCCCAGUUGCCUCCAAACCCUUUGGAACAAGACCUUUGGAACCAAGCCAAAGAGGACCAGAUCGACCCCUUAACCCUGAAGGAGAUGCUGGAGGGCAUCAGGGAAAAGGCAGAGAUACCUUUGUCUGUCCAGUCGCUCAGGUUUCUGCAGCUGGAGCUGAGUGAAAUGGAGGCAUUUGUGAACCAGCACAAGUCCAAGGUUAUCAAGCGGCAGACAGUCAUCACCACUAUGACCACCCUGAAGAAGAACCUGGCUGAUGAGGAUGCAGUGUCAUGUCUGGUGCUAGGCACCGAGAACAAGGAACUCCUCGUUCUUGACUCUGAGGCUUUCACCAUUUUAGCCAAGAUGAGCCUGCCCAGUGUCCCCGUCUUCCUGGAUGUGUCUGGCCAGUUUGAUGUGGAGUUCCGGCUGACCGCUGCCUGCCGAAAUGGGAGCAUCUAUAUCCUGAGAAGAGACUCCAAACACCCCAAGUACUGCAUCGAGUUGAGCGCCCAGCCUGUGGGGCUGGUCCGAGUCCACAAGAUCCUGGUGGUGGGCAGCACCCAAGAAAGUCUGCAUGGCUUCACCCACAAGGGAAAGAAGCUGUGGACAUUGCAGAUGCCUGCAGCCAUCCUGACCAUGAACCUACUGGAGCAGCGAUCCCGGGGCCUGCAGGCUGUCAUGGCUGCUCUGGCCAAUGGGGAAGUCCGAAUUUACCGUGACAAGGCCCUGCUUAAUGUCAUUCGUGCACCUGAUGCAGUAACCAGCCUUUGCUUUGGCCGAUACGGGCGAGAGGAUAAUACCCUCAUCAUGACUACUCGAGGUGGUGGCCUGAUCAUCAAGAUCCUGAAGCGUACGGCGGUGUUUGUGGAAGGGACCGGUGAGGUGGGCCCACCACUAGCACAGACCACGAAACUCAAUGUGCCCCGAAAGACCCGGCUGUAUGUGGAUCAGACCCUGCGAGAGCGGGAAGCCGGCACAGCCAUGCACCGGACCUUCCAGACAGAUCUCUACCUGCUGCGCCUGCGGGCUGCCAGAGCCUACGUACAGGCCCUGGAGUCCAGCCUGAGCCCUAUGUCGACCACAGCUCGGGAGCCACUCAAGCUGCAUGCUGUGGUUCAAGGCCUGGGUCCCAUCUUUAAGCUCACACUUCACCUUCAGAACACCUCAACAGCUCGGCCGGUACUGGGCCUGCAGGUCUGCUUUCUGUACAAUGAGGCACUCUAUGCCCUGCCCCGGGCCUUCUUCAAGGUUCCCUUGCUGGUGCCAGGACUCAGUUACCCAUUGGAGACCUUUGUGGAGAGUCUCAGUAGCAAGGGCAUCUCAGACAUGAUCAAGGUGCUAGUGCUCCGGGAAGGCCAGAGUGCGCCCCUGCUGAGUGCCCACAUCAACAUGCCUGUGAGUGAGGGGCUGGCAGCCGCCUGAACCCUGGACCAGCAUUCAAGCUUCCACAUAAUGGAGCCAGCCAGAUGCAGUGACUUCCAGCGUCUUAGGCCACUUUCCCUGACAGCAGUGUAGAGAGCCAUCAGUUCCCUGUUCCUCUCCGAAACAGUCCCUUGCUCCCCUCCUCUGCCACUGGGCCUCAGCAAAAAGACAGGGAGUUCUCAGAAUCAGCUCCUCUUCCCUCAGGACCCAAGCACUGUCCCUUAGUUCCUGCUGCCUACCACCUCCACAGCUCUUGAAAGAAACCUCACCAGGUCCCAGGAGGAGAUCUGGGAUAUGUCCAGGUGGGCAUAGGCCCAGCCCUUCUUCCCUCCCCUCAUCUGUUGCAGAUCAAGCCCACAACAGGUCAAGGGCUUGGCCUGGGAAACUGGUUGAGACUGAGCCCCCUGAUGCCCUUUGAGGUUUCAGGGACAUGGCUGCUGCCAGCUUAGCUCACAGAUACAUGUACUAAGUUUUCUCAGCUAAAAGAGGGGCUCCACUUUCUACCCUGCAGCCAAGGAGUCAUUGAGCUCUGUCCCCAAGUCUUAGACUAUACACAGAGAUUGUUAGAGGAGGAGGUACAAGAGGAAGAGGGGGUCCAUGUGGGGAGCUAGAGACCCCAGCCCCAGCCAGAGCUCCCACACAGCAGCUGCCCCUGACCUGGAUUCCUAUCUCCAGAGACAGUGUUCCUGAUAUGGAACACCAAGCUAGAAGGCAGAGCUAGGGCUGGUGGCACCGGGAGAGCUGUUUGUGGGACCUGGGAAAUGGCCCAAGAGGCAGGUGCCUACAGGUGCCUGUCAGGAUGCACUUAGGCCCAGGCACCCAAGAUGGCCCUGAGGUCACUGAAAAGGCACAUACCAGAGGUAUGGAAUGAAGCUGAAGACUAAAUGAAGAUGUGUUUAGAUCCCAAGUGCUAGGACCCCUGGCCCUCUCAACGCCCAUUCUGAAUCACUUGAGAACCAGGAGUCCUGCUUCUUGGAGACCAACAUUUUCUCCAGUGUGACCAAGUUUAGGCUGAUGUGUGGCGUACAGCUCAGGCUUGCGGACUUCCACCUCCUCUCUAGUACAAGAAGGCAGUUUGACCGCAUUAAUUCUAAACCACUGUCAGCUCGAGUAUGGUCAAAGCUUGGCAGCUCCUCAGGAGGAAGGGAAGAACUGGUCCAAAAAGGUGAUACUGAACUGCACAGCUUUUGUCCACAAAACCAAUGUCUCCAAGGUGGCCACUACUGCCCAAUAACAGCUUCUGUGCCUGCUUGAGGACCAGGGUGACACUGACCACUUGACCCUUCCAAAGAGUACAUCAGGGGCCAGGCUAAGAGACACUUGGGCUUGGACCAAAGAAACAGCCCAACCUCCUUCCCGUAUUGCCCAUCCCCUCCCAGACAGGCACUACCUGAGCAAGGAUGGCAAAGGGUUUCUUUCCCCAUCAUCCAGCAGAGGCAUAGCUGGAAUAAGCAGAAGGUCUGACUGGGGAAAAGGGAUGGAGGGAGUGUUACUGUCAGUCAGAAACCCAGCCUAACCCGCAGAACUAAGCAGGGAUGGAAGGUCUGCCCAAGCUGUUUGUUGAGCCUCUCGUAACUGGCAUUAUAUGAAUGGGCCUGCGUGGUCACAGCGCCAGGCUGCAUACUGGAUCGUGUGACAUUCCAGUCCCUUUCACCUCAGUUAAGCUGUGAAAUCAGAACAAAACUUUGAUGUGUGCUUUCUCCAUAGCUACUCAUGAUGAUACAAGGGGAGAAACACCGUGCCGUACAGUGCUUGGUUAGUAAGACGUGUGACAUGCACCUUCA